UGAUGUUUUGUGUUGUCUGAAUAUGUGGCGUCCUGUGUAUUUAUUUUAAUAUUUUUUGUUUAAUAACGAAUUGCUUUUGUAAUUUUAAUUAGAAUAAGUUUACUGUUAUGAAUAGGUGUACAUAAUUGUAGAAUAAUAUCAGCUUUUGUUACGGAAUCAUUAGAAUUAUCAUAAUUCAAUAAUGGAUCGAAAUAUGAGGUCAAACUAUGUGAACAGUGGACCAAGAUCCCUUCCACACAUUGGUAACAAACGUCACAAUGGUAAUGGUCACAAUGGAGCCCGACUCAGCCCGCCAGCACAGACAACAGUCAACAUUCACGCAAAUAAUAACAACAUCAACAAUAAUAAUUGUUCUCAACAUGAUGAUCUCAUUAAUUAUAUUUAUGACUCUUGGAAUAAGGUAACGCGCGAACUAGAAAGAGGUAGCGAUGACGCGAAAUACUAUAUAGAGAUUCCGCCGCGACAACUGGCUAACUUCAGGCCGUUCAAUCUAGAGGAGUGGUGGGGGAAACGUUUCAUUCAGUCGAUUAACCGUAACAAGCAUCGCUCUUAGUUCUUGUAUGAAAUCAUAUUAAUAACUCAUUGUAACAAUAUUUUUUUAACAAUUGACGAUGUAAUUGUAUUUGUUUUUUUUUAAAAGAGUGAGAAAAAAAUUGACGGAGGUUUGAAAAUGUGUGGAAAAACAAAUCAGGCAACAUUAAUAUAAUAUGAAUUUAGUAAAUUUUAGUAAAUGAUGUAUGUUUAUCAAACAAGUGUGUAAAAUUGAAUUUUAAAUUUACAUAUUACUUAUAUCGAUAAUGAGUUAACUUUUUUUUACAGCAUUUAAAUAAAUUGGUGUUUUAUUGAAUUUUGAUUCAGAAAAAGUACAAAAAGAGCAAAUAUAAAAAAAAAACCGAAACAAAAAGUGUUUGAAGUUUAGUUACCAGCAUAUUGAUUGUGAAGUUUUGCUCUAUCAAAAGAUGCUUUAUUUUAUUGUUGUUUUCAAACAUUUUUUGUCAAUCAAAAAAAAUUUUGACAAUUUUUUUUCGUUAUAAUUAUCAAAUCGAUAUCAAUUUCAUCAAAUAAAAAAUAAUAAUAAACGUAUUCGUAGAAACGAGCAAUAAUUAUGAUAAGCAAUAAGUUUAAUUCGUAAUUUGUAUAAUGUUUAAGGGAAAAUUUAUUAUGUAUAUUGCAUCAUUUAUAAUAAUGCCCUAAAUCUAAAAUAUAUUGAAACAAUGAGAUGUUAAUUCUAAUUCAGUCUCGUAUUUGAAAUAUCUCGUAUUAGAUAUAAAUUUAUUAUUGCAGUUUUGUACUUAUAUCAAGUUUUCUUAUCCACUAUGAACUUUUCCGAUUAUAAUCAAUGAAAUAAUACUAAAUAUAUGAAAUAGAUUAUGUAAUUUUGUCAGUUAUAUAAUAUACAAAAAAAAACAGAAGUAUUUUUUCAAAUCUAUUUUAGGAGAUUAUUAAAUAAGUUUUAUAAUUAAUUUAGUGUGAAUUUUUAUUUUACUAGUGAUAAGAUGUGUUGUUUUCGUUUAGAAUCAGCUAGAUAUUUCUUAUUUUAAAUCAUGACUGUAUAAAAUGUUAAUGGAAUAAUAUUUAAAAAUACUUGUAACAUCACACAGAUAUACAUACUAUACUAUGUCUGAACAUGGCUGUAGAUUUAAAUUUGCUCUAUUUUUUUCAUUUUAUGAAUGUUUUACGCAUUGAUUUCAUUACUGUUUUACAACUAAUUCUUCUUAAAGCUUGUUUUCAUAAUUUAUGAGAGAAUAAUGAUAUCUUUAAAAAAUUAGUCUUCAUUUUACACCGAAAAUAGAGCACAUUUACAUCUAUGAUUAUUUUGAAACAGAUGAAUAAUAAUAAUGAUUAAUUAUUAUACACAUUUUACUGAUAAUAUUUGACAUUCCAUAAAAAGUAUCCUAUAAUAGGUACUUAGCAUUUGAAUUGUAAAUACGUUGUAGCGAUAAAGCGCUGAUAGAUCACGAUUUUAAUAAAACAUUUUUUCUA